AUGGCGACGUACACCGCAUUCAGGGCGACACCGGCUCCCUCGCGAAGGAGACUUCCCGAAUUUCCAGAUUCUGUUGUGGCAGGAAGGACGUCGAUUGUGGAGGUUAUGAUGGUUUUGGUCACAGCGGCUGGUAGGGUGGUGGCGAUUUUCAGAAGUGCGGGUGGUGGUGUUGGUGCGGGAGCCGGAGCCUUGGGGGUCAAAGUUGAUGAGGAAGCGAGAAUUGAGGCGACAGUUGAUGAGAUGGAAAUCGACAUAUUCUGGAAAUCCGAUAUUGUUUUUAACUCCGUAUCGACAGAGUAUGGGUUGGGUCGCUACGCAGCAAAAAGGAAACUCGCGACGCUAGAGAUCACGGACCCGCAAUGCCCCUGA